CUGCAGCUCGCGGGACGUCAUCUGCGUCUGAGCAUAAAAACAAACGGAGGGGGCGUCCCGACCCGCACACUCCGCUGCUGCGUUUCACCCCGCAAACUUUUCCAAAAUGGUGCAACAACUCUCCAAAUCCGGGGUGAAGGACACUCCCGAGCUGAAAGCUGGCCACCCUCCAGCAGUAAAAGCUGGAGGGAAACGAGUCGCCAAGAAAUGCCUGGAAGACAGUGGCGCUCACGGGACUGCAGAGAAGGAUAACAAGAGGUCUGAUAAGUGCAGCCGGUCUGCUGCCACUUCCACCAGGAUGCAACAAGUCGGCCUACUCCUCGCAGGAACGCUGGAUAAGCUGAGCCACGACUUCCCAGAAACACCGGUGAGCGUGAGGCACAGCAAGGUGCGCCCCGCCGUGGAGAAGCCUCACUCCCCCCGGACCUUUUUCAUCCAGCAGCCCAGGAAGUAUUGAACACAUUUUGGGGAAGGAAAAAAAAAAAAGUCCCCAGAGGGAACCAUGUUAAGUCAACUGUGAAACACCAGCAUGAAGCGUUAGACACACGGGGGGACUGACAGGCUGUCUGUGAAGUGUUGAUGGGAAGAAAGCGUUCAUCAAGCUGUUUACUUGGAAAGAAAAAUGAUCUUUUUGGAACUGUACCUGUUCGUCAGAAUACUAUAAACCAGCAUUAUUGUACGUUUUUGCUAGCUGUAUUUUACCUGCCAAUG